GACAGCUCUGGCGUGCUGGGGAGAACAGGAGACAAAGAUUCUGAGCGUGGCACUAUCUACUGCUUCUCUUCUUAGCAGAGCUUCGGCACAGAGAUAUGAAAAGAUGGUGCUAGAUCUUCUGGGAUGCUUUCCUCUUUUCUUCUUGCUGCUGGGAUUCUGGCUGCCUGUGUGUCCACUAGCGAUGCCUAGGAAUCUCACCAAGGCCAAAUGGUUUGAAAUCCAGCACAUUCAACCAACACCCCUUCAAUGUGAGAAGGCAAUGAGCGUUGUCAAUGAUUAUACUCAUCAUUGUAAGCCUGAAAACACCUUUCUGCAUGCCUCCUUCCAGGAUGUAGCUGCCACGUGUUAUUUGCCCAACAUUGACUGCAAAAAUGGCUGGAAAAACUGCCACCAGAGUCCAAAGCCUGUUAGCAUGACUCAGUGCAAGCUCAACUCAGGGAAGUAUCCCACCUGCCGCUACAAAGAUGCUGCCCAACACAAGUUCUUCAUCAUCGCCUGUGAAGCCUCUGAGAAGAAAGACCCUUUCUAUCAGCUGGUUCCUGUACAUUUAGAUAGGAUUGUUUAGUUUCAUCAUCCUUCACGCUUGACAAGGGUUCUGUUAUGAUCUCUUUUUCCUUUUCUUUGAAUUUCCCUGGUUCCCACAGAAGAAGUAUUGAGAGAAGAUGGAUGUCUAGGUUUCUAGACCAAAGUUGGGACAGAAAGAAAUAAGAUUCUCUACUAUGGAGCUUCAGAAGCUUUGAACCAGGCAGGAGGAUAGAGCAAAGAAGGAUUCAGGCCUCCAUUUUCAAUCUUGCAAUUUCUGUUGAAUUUUGUAACAGUGUAUU